AUUUUUGGUUGCUGAAAUGUCACACCUCUGGUAUUGUAGGGGAGGACAUUUGCACCAGCAGCUCCAUGUGACUGGCUCAUACUACUCUAUUUAUAACAGCUGAGUGCAAGGCCCCAGUCUGACAUAUGCAAGGACAGAUGCACAUCAGAGCUGAAAUGUUCCUGCAGGGAGAAAAGGACACCUUCAAACUGGACGUCUCGUCCCUCUGCAACAGAUUGAAGAGCAUGUGAUGUAUCAAAAUGGAUGAUCUAGAUCACAGCAUGCACAUCGCAGAGUUUGACUGGACCAGCUUCUAUGAUGAGAGUGAAGAGUGCAGUCUGCUGCAGCCUUCACUCGCCUGCCCUGAUAACUUGAGCCUCAGCGAUUCAGAGGAUUCUGUAAACUCAAGUCCAGUCUCCAGCGCAGGCCAGCAGGAGAAACAGCACAGCCCUGAUGUGAACAGUGAUGGAGCUGAGAGCAACGCUGCAGGAUGCAGCACAGGAGAAGAGAGCCGUAUGAAGUUGUGGAUGAAGCUGAAUGAGAGAAGCACAGGAGAACAAGCUGAAGAAGACAGUGUGACACAGGUGGACUCUGAAAUAUGCCCCGACUGUCUUGCGGGAAAUACACUCAGCACAAAAGAGCUGCAUGUGAAGACUGCAGAAGAGGAGGAGGAGACACAUGACAACAUUAUAAACACACUGCAAACUGAUACAAUACAUGUUCAGUGUUCAGGAGUUUCUAAAGAGCUGACAAAGAAGGAUGGAGAUCUGCAAACAGAAGUCGAUGAUUCCAGAAAUGAACCUGAUCCACUGUGCCCCCAAACAGAACUAAAUGUUAAUGAACAGCACACUACAGACAGAGCUGUGAAUGACGAUGUGAGCAGUGGCGCUGCGAGAGUGGAGAAGGAGCGCUGGUUCGUGACAGUGAAUGACAGUCCUGCACGACAGCGGGUGCGUGCCACCUCUUUAAAAAAAAAACGAAGACAAAAAAAACCUUGUAAAAACAGUCCCAGUCUGUGCAGCCACAGGGAGGAGAAAUCACAUGCAAAUGGCUUGGAGAUAAACAAAGAUAAAUAUAAAUCUGAGGAAUGGAGGGACAUGGACUUCACUCAAUCAAACCAAAACUUUGUUCAAAACUCAGGAGGGCAUCAAAGUUCUGAAGUAAUUCCUAAGAGUGUUUCAGAUUCAUUGCAGUUGUCUUGUGAAGAGGACAAUGUGUCAGAAAACCUGGAUAUCUCUCAUUCCCCUAAAGAAAAUAUCACCGAGCCGACGACAGACAGAGACAAACAUGAACCAGGCAGCUCAGCAUCCACGUCACAUGACACAUUUACACCCAAAGACUCCUCAAAGUUGGAAAGUGCGGAGUCAGACGAGUUUGAAGAUGGUGUUGAGUUCUUUUCCGUUUACAGUUAUGACUCUGAAAGCUAUUUGUCUGCUGCUGAAUCAGUGGAGGAAACUCAGCAUCUCCUCAUGGAAAACUUUCAACCUGUGGAUUUCAUACAGCUGCCGCGCUCAGCACCUCUGACGUUGCAGACUAAGAGUGCUGACAGUACACAGGACAGACAAAUGCAUUCUUGUGAUAGCACUUCCCCCUGCAAUGCAGCAGACACCAACUAUGAGCGCACCGAUGUUGAGCCCGCCCUGACAUUUCCAUCUGCUGGCCAAAGAGCUGACAAAAUGCCAGAUGACAACUCUGCAUGUGAAAAUAACUCACACAGCACGGUCCUCCAUACGCUCUCGCACACAUCUGGACUUCAAAAACAUAAAAUUAAUCUUUCAGCAUCUGGUAGCUCUUCAGGAGAUCAGCUUAGUCCUCUCCCUGUUCCUGAUUUGACUGUAACACCUUGCUCUGCGGCUGACAACCCCGAAGCGUAUGCUAAAGCCGCAGGCCACACCCGACCUGUGUACGCCAUUUCUGCCUUUUGGGAGGAAAUGGAAAAACUGACAAUAAAUGACAUUUUGCAGCUUAGGAUGGGUAGAAGCACACCUCCCUGGGAAACACAAGAAACAGCGACGACAAAAGUAGAUGAAUCCCCAACGAGUCACAGCCCUCUGGUUGACACUGUGCAGUAUAAUUUGCCUGAUGGUGGUGGUCUAAUGGACAUGUCAGACACUGCUGACUCGGACUAUUUCACACAGCCUGACGAGUCCAAGCCAGAUCGCUCAAGCUGUGAGUUUUCCACGUCAGAUUUUGAAGAGGAGUACUGGCAGUUUCUUGACGCCAGUAGGAACCCCAGUCCUGAUCCUCACAGCAAAAACCAACAGGGGACUAAUGACUCUCCAUUUUCAUCACAGGAGGAGGAUGAGGAGGAGGAGUCCACAAGCUCUGAAGGAAAGGAGACACCUGUGCCUUCGGAGGACUUUGCAGGACAGCGUUUUGAGGAUGAGGAGUCAUAUACUUUGAGCAAACUUGCGUGGCCAGGACAGACAACAAAGAGCAAAAGUACGUACAACAUACAAGCUCUCAACAAAGAGGAUUUAACUUUACCCUUUGGUAAUGAUGACAGCGGUCUACUUCUCAGCAGCUGCCAGUCUCUGGAGGAAAACUUGGUGUUAAAAGUGAGUGAUAGCCUGGAAACACUCAUCCCAGCACCUUUUCUGUCCAAUACAGACAUACUGGAUGAACAUUAUCAAAUAUCCUUCCCAGAAGUGUUUGAAUACUUUUUCACAGAGGGUAAAGCAAAGAAUGACUCCAGGUGUGUCGCUGUCUAUGAUCCAGAUGACAUCUCAGUGGCUCCAGUGUUUGACUACACUCUUUGUACAUUCAGGGAUGAAAUGUCAUUCUUUUCCCUCCAUGAUUCCCAGUGCAGCGAGGAGAAACCCAUCCCUAUCUUCUCUUGUUCUCAUCCUCUCAGAGAACUCACAUUCCCAAAAUCAAACUAUGUUUUCUUGAGCGCAGACUACGAGGCAGAGCACGAGCUGGACAACCUCUCUCCGAUCAGAGUCGUGUCUCGCUCUUUCAUCCAGGCCAAUCAGUGUGGGACAUCUGCAGCAGCUGCAGGCGGCUCUCGCAACUGGAAAAGUUUGCUGUGGAUGAGGAAGAUUCGCUUCCACGACAAAGGUAGCAUCUGGUGCCGAAGGUCCGGCGCCUGGGUGUUUCCAGUGGAGGCUGAGAGGAUAGAGAGAAAAGAUCCACCGGUCACUGUCCUCACGCAGGGAAGAGUCUCUUCAACUCCUUCUGAGUUGUUCAGAGAGCUAGCAGUGCAGCAGAGCAUUCUGGGAACUAUACAGACAACAAGACGAGAGGGCGUCUUCUCUACGCUGAAGCAGUCAGAUAUGUGUUUGGUCUGCAUUGCCUUUGCAUCCUGGGUACUCAGAUCUUCUGAUCCAGAGUCUGUCGAUGCCUGGAAAGCAGCUCUGCUAGCAAAUGUGAGUGCGCUCUCAGCUAUCCAGUACCUGCGGCACUAUGUGAAGAAGAAGACGCCUCCUCAAGAUGAUCCCUGAUACAUAAUUGUACACACAAGAGAAGUCAUUUCCAAACAUUUUUCACCUGGGUCCAUCUGUACAAAUACAUCCACUGUAUGUACAUGUCAUACACCUGCUUAAUAUCCACUGCCUUUUCCCAAUUCAUUAUACAGCACAUAAAGAAGAACUGAAGUUUUUUUCAGUGUGAAACUAGUUGGACUGAUGAUACUCUGAUGUGCAAUAAUUAGAAUCAAAAUGAAGGUAAAUGAGGAUUAGGAAAACAAAAUAUAAAGGAUAAAAUUUCAAAGAUAAAGUUAUAAAUAUAUGUAAUAUAAGUAUUAAAAUUUUAACAUACAUAUUUUCAGUAUACGUACUCUACAUAGUGCAUUUCUAAGCAGACUGUGAAGUUAACAUAAUUACACCUAGUUAAUGGCUGGACUGCGUAUGGUCAGUGUGCCAAAAAGAACGUAGUUGAAAACUGUUGUGGAACAGCUGUAAACAACUCACAUCAUCGCGUCGUAGUUGCAUUCUGCCUAGUGUCAGUGGUUUCAGCCCUUAAUCUAUUUGCUUCUCUCCUACUCUCUGUGCUCACAUAUACGGUAUUUUAAUACAGCCAAAUUCCCAGUAAAGCUGUUGUCAUUUGUAUGUUUUUCUGUUUCUGUUGUCAGACAAUGGAACAACAAGAAAUAAUGACUGAAAUGUGGCCCAUGAAGACUACAUGAUAGCCUCCAAGCCAUUUUCAAGCUUCUGCGCUGCACAAAAUCUUGAUUUUAUUUACAUUUACAUUUAGUCAUUUGGGAGACGCUUUUAUCCAAAGCAACUUUCAAGUGAGGGACAUCACUAACUGCAAACACAUACGUUAAAGACAACGACCGUGCUGUGAUUUCAGUUAUAUUUUCUUGUAAAACGAUCACUCAGAGAGAAUGUUAGAAGUGACAGAAUAUCUUUCUUAUUUUGUCUCACAAAGCACACAGCAGCCAAACUGCUGCUUUGCCUCUCUGCCACUUACUGAACAGAGUAAACACAUAAAGAGGUGUACCUCUCACUAGCGGAGAAUUACUGGCAACUCGCUACUAUUAAGAGUAGCUAAGGUUUGUCCAAAAAAUCGCUACAUUUGUGGCUAGGUGCUUUUUUGAAAAACAAAGUCUCUAAAUCUACCAACAAAUGUGCUAAACUGGCAACAAUGCAGGUUGUAAAUGUCCCCUGAUACAAACUGUUAAACUAUGCCAAUUCAAUUUGAAUGGAAUGGGGAAAAUGUGGAAACUCCAACACUUGGCUGGCCGACCAAUGGUUACUUCAUGACUGUCACGUGGUAUUCGACUGACCAAUGAUGUAACUUGAUCACUCAAAUCUAUCAGUCACAUAGUCAGUCAGAGAGGGUGGUGCCACAGAUAGAAUAGGGAACAUAUUGUAAGUUUUGCUCUUUUCAUGGGAUUUGUUAAAGCCUUAAGCCUUUAAGACAUGAAAACAUUUUCAGGUGAAUUUUAAGCUUUUAAUAACUCUGGUUUUAUCAGUUCUGGAUUAACUGAUGUUGAUAAACGGACCAUAAUGUAAGCUCAGAAGCUCAUAGUUUUUAACACGUGCCAUCUUAUAAAUGUCCUGUUGUGCCUCAAUCAUGGAUUUGUAUGUUAUACCGUUGCAGUCAAGCUAAGAUGUAACAGGAGCCUGUAGAUUGUUAGCAUGCACUGCUGCAAAGUGUAUGUGGGGUGUCUAUUUAGGGAUAAAAGCCUGAAAGAAAGUUAUGGUAUAGAUAUUGGUCUGGUUUGUAAGUAUGUUGUAAAAAAAAAAGAUUAAGUAGGUGACUGCUUGAGCUGUGUGUGAUUGGAAAGCUUUGUCUGAAUCAGUGGUUCCCAACCUUUUUUGCUUUGUGCUCCUUUAAUUCAAAGCCACGUCCUCUUGCGACCCCUCAUCAUAGCCUGCGUGAGGUGAAAGCAGUUCAGAGUGAUUCUUCAUUUUCAGACCACGUCAUUGAAUAAUUUCUACAGAUCUGAAAAAGUAAAACUAUACAGUAUUGGACAGUAAGAAAAAAAAAACAAAGAUUAGAGACAAGUUUGAAAAAUAUAGAUAAUUCUUUGUAGCAGGUUUUAGUUUUUUCUUGCUUCACAACCUUUUAGAUUCAUCUCAGGAACCCUUGUUGUUGGGAACCACUGGUCUAAAAUGCUGUAUCAAAACGUAGGUGCAGAUUCUGCUGUGAUGCAAAAAGAAAAAUGUCACAUACUGUUUUGGAAAAAAAAUUUAAGCUAAACUAUUUUCUCAUGAGCAGCUUUAACUAUUUACACAACUUCAUAAAUGACAUUUCCAUUUAGUGUUGCUGUGUCAAAUGCUUGUAUAGUAUUAACGCUAAACAAUCUGUUGUUUAAUUAAUUGUUGUUAGAACACAACAUAUCUCUUGUCAAACAAAACUUUGAUUUUCCAUAUAUGACAGAUUUGGUGCAAUAAUUGAUUUAAUGCAAUAAAACCAUGAAUAUAUAACUC